CCAGGCUUCUCGGCCAUGGCCCUCCGUAAGGAGCUCCUCAAAUCCAUCUGGUACGCCUUCACGGCCCUGGACGUGGAGAAGAGCGGCAAGGUCUCCAAGUCCCAGCUCAAGGUCUUGUCCCACAACUUGUACACGGUGCUACACAUCCCCCAUGACCCGGUGGCCUUGGAGGAGCACUUUCGGGAUGAUGACGAUGGCCCGGUCUCCAGUCAGGGUUACAUGCCCUAUCUCAACAAAUACAUCCUGGACAAGGUGGAAGAAGGGGCUUUUGUCAAGGAGCACUUUGAUGAGUUGUGCUGGACUCUGACGGCUAAGAAGAACUAUCAGCCCAACCGAAACGGGAAUAGCACAUUGUCCAAUCAGGAUGCUUUCCGACUCUGGUGUCUCUUCAACUUCCUGUCUGAGGACAAGUAUCCCCUGGUCAUGGUACCUGAUGAGGCCCGAGCCUCCAUGCAGGCAGAGAUGGAGAUGAAGGAAGAGGAGGCUGUUAGGCAGCGACAGCGGAUCUUGGAGCUGGAGGAAAUGCAACAGAGGCUCCAGGAGGCCCUACAGCUAGAGGUGAAGGCUCGCCAGGAUGAGGAGUCCAUGCGUUAUGCCCAGACCAGUGAAAAAAGGAAAAGAAAAGUGGUCCUGUCCCCAGGAGCCACAGCCUUGCCAUGCUUCUCCCUCUUCUGGGCCCUUCUCUGGCUCAGACUCCCCAGGAACUUUGUUCCCUUCUUUUCCCGGCAGGCUGCCCAGCGGAAGCUUCGCCAGGCCAGCACCAAUGUCAAGCACUGGAACGUUCAGAUGAGCCGACUCAUGCACCCUAUCCGGCCUGGAGACAAGCGUCCUCCCAACAGCAGCUCCUUUCCUGGCUUCCAGCCUUCCCUGCUAGCCCGGCGAGACUCCUCUCUGAAGCUUCUGUCCCGGUGGGGAUCCCGGGACAGUGAGACACCUGCAACCAACAGUUGUGAGCUCCAGGAAUCCCUGCAUAAAGAGGAUGAAUCCUCCACCCUUGCCUCCACCUCUCAGGAAGAACAGGAGUUCAAUUUGGAACCACCCAACUAAUCUCCCUAAGAGCCUCUGCCAUGACUUACACAGCCGGACUGUGGAUGAAAUCAACAAUCUGCUAGAAAAGAUCCUUUAGACCAGCAUAUCCAGGGAUUCCAUGUUCUCAAACUCUGUACUAGACCAGAUGGGGUCAGAGAAAAGCUUUUCCAUGUGGCUUCUGACCUCAGACAAUUGAGGGUCCCCAGGAUACUGUCCUAUGACUUAGCCCUAAGAGUUUAACAAUGGAAGCCGAGUUGGAGGGACCUGAGGAGGAAGAGAGGGAACUAGGGAGCCUGGAGCUCUCUGACCCUUCUUACACCCCUACUUCAUCCCUCCCAGAUUGCCAAUCAAUGGAUUUUUUCAUGUAUAAAAAAAAAUAAAAACUAAAUAAAACCUACUUUGAGAAUUCAUCAAUGUUGUGGGUCUAUCUACCUUUGCAUG